UAAUUUGAACAUCUAAAUUAGGUAAAAACAAAUGAAAACUUAGUGGUCAUUAACCUUACCAUUGUUAGAUUGUUUACGAUUUUAAGUCAUUAAUCAUUGAGAGGUAAUUUACCUUUUUGAGGAUAUGAGUAGUCGUUCAUCGUUGAAUAGUUCAUCAAUGGAUUUAGUGAUUGAAAAUUUUUUCAAUAAAAUUGAAAACCAAUCGACAAUUAGCCAUGACGAUCAUGGAUCAAUGGAUAAUAUGGCCAUCAUAUUGCAAGAAAUUCAGAAGGUGAAACGUUCAAACAUUAUGCUUCUUUUACGAUUGAUAUUGAAAGAGCUUUACAAACAUCGUUCCAAAGUAACGUUGACAAACGAAUGUAAAAUAUUAUUUGACCACCUGUUUGUCUGCCUUGAGAAUUGCCUACAACAUGGUCUCAAAACUCGAAAACAAAUGUUUGGUGCAAAAUUGGAAAUAUGGAAUGUAAUCGAAUUGAUCAGUAAAUUCGGCGAUGACUUGGCUCGAGACGUAAUCGAAAGUGUUCGACAUUUACCCAAGAUUCGAACUCCGAUAGGUCGGGCACGAGCCUGGUUCAGGUUGACUUUGAUGAAAAAACAAUUAGCUCAAUCAUUUCAACAAUUGGUUGAUCAUCGUGACUCACUGCUUCAAGAAUAUUAUGACGUUAAUGCCUUAAUGUUGUCCGAUGAUGGCAAUGUACUUUGUGGUCUACUCGUCGGCCUCAAUUCAUUUGACUACAGUGUCUAUAUCAAAGAGGAAAUUCUUGAUUUCUAUGAUUCGGUUAUCGAUCUACGACUUUAUCUUCGUGAUCAAACAAUGAAUAGCUGUCGAGAUUCGGGCCAAGACCCGGAUUAUGUCAAUGGUUUCAACGACGAGGAGACUGUUGUAAAUUUGCAGCAAUUACUUGAUCAGAAUAACUAUCUUGAACAAAUGAAUCAACGACUUGGAUCGACCAUCAAAUCGUUGGAGCUCAAAAUAGAAGCCUUAGCCCAAAAACAAAAUGAUCAUCAUCAACUGGAACGAUGUGAAGCAGCGGAUGAAUCGAAAUCCGUGCUUCAAGUUGGUACCUUAUUAGCUCAAAAAGAACAAGAACUAAUGGAAUCACUACAAGACAAACAGAAAUUAAAGACUGCAUUGGAAGAUGCAAUCAAAUCAGGACAAGAAGCUGAAACGGCACGUAAUCUGUUAGAGAGAGAUAUUCAAGAGAAACAAGAUGCUAUCAUCACAUUACGUGCACAACUUGAAGAUGUAAAAACAAUCAACAUACAGUUAUUCAAAAAAAUGCAGGAUAAAGAAUGUCAGCUUAAAGAAAAAAAUGAUCAACUUGUCGAAUGUGAGGCCAAGAUCAAUCAUCUAACCAAAGAAUUGCUAAUUGUGCAGCGAAAACAAAAUCAACAAAACGAAGAAAGACGGGCAAAAGAAUUGACCGAAAAUUUUCAACGAAUAAUUGACGAACAACAGGAACAGAUGACUCGUAUGCAAUUGGAAUUGGAUUCGGUUCGUGUCAAACAAUCUGAACAAGUUCAUAUAAAAGAGGCGUACAAUCUAUUGAAGAAAAAAUUUGACGAAAAUGAAUUGGCAUUGGAAGAGAUUGGCAAACAAUUACAAGACUCUAAACUUGAAAUUGAAUCAUUGCGUGAAUAUAAUGGUCAUCUUAAAGAAGCAGCUUGGGCCCGCGAUAGUGAUGCCAAUUUCUGUAAACAAUGUGAACAAAAAUUCACCAUUUCACGUCGAAAGCAUCAUUGUCGUAGCUGUGGCGAAAUAUUCUGCAACAAUUGUUCGAACAAUGAAAUGCCAUUACCAUCGAGCAAGAAACCUGUACGCGUUUGUGAUCAUUGUCAUGCCUUCCUAUUGGAACGAUUUUCUACGUCUAAUUGACAUUUUAUUGAUGGUUGAAUUUUUAAUGUCAAAAACUUUGU